UCCUCUCCCGUCAGCCACCAUCAUGAUUAUCUACUGGGAUCUCAUCAGCCAUGAUGAGAUGUUCUCUGACAUCUACAAGAUCCGGGAGAUCGCGGACGGGCUGUGCCUGGAGGUGGAGGGGAAGAUGGUCAGUAGGACAGAAGGUAACAUUGAUGACUCGCUCAUUGGUGGAAAUGCCUCUGCUGAAGGCCCCGACGGCGAAGGUACUGAAAGCACAGUAAUCACUGGUGUCGAUAUUGUCAUGAACCAUCACCUGCAGGAAACAAGUUUCACAAAAGAAGCCUCCGAGAAGUACAUCAAAGAUUACAUGAAAUCAGUCAAAGGCAAACUUGAAGAACAGAGACCAGAAAGAGUAAAACCUUUUAUGACAGCGGCUGCAGAACAAAUCAAGCACAUCCUUGAUAAUUUUAAAAACUACCAGAAGAUACUGUGGCUCCGGAAGCCCCAGGGGCACCUCUGA